GUGGCCUUAAAAAUCCAAAAGAGUCGCGGUCUGUUAAAAAAAAAACACAGUUUCAACUUACGUUUCUUUAGAGGCGAUACCGGCGUAGGAAUCAAUGAAGUGGCUGCAGCUGUGGUCGAGGAUGAAGCAUACGACUUACGAGAAUGGGCUCGUUUCUGUGCAGAAGGACGGGGAGAUUGUAAAUAG